AUGGCGCGACUACGCCGAAUAGUGCACGUGCAACUUCUUGAAGGCGACCUCGAAGUGCGAAUCGUUCUGGCAAUACUGGGCGGUUUCAGCCGUAUUCCAGUAGCGCAAGUCAAGUAUCCGCAGAACCAAAAGUUUAUUACAAAGCAGUAUGUUUACUUCCUUCGCCAACGUGGAACACCGUCCCAAGAGGAAAAGUCAAAGUUGACCUCAUCGAGAAAAAUUUGUGUGUCGAUGCAUGGGCGGUCGAUAAAAGUUGGAGUGCGGAAGAUCUUAAAUCUGAAGCUGCCAAACUCUUUCCAAAGGUGCUGGGAAUUGACAGCCCUGAAUUAAUACCGUAAGUUUGUAUUUGAAUUUAUAAUUUGACUUUGUUUUUAUAAUUUGAACUAGCCUGCAUGGCAGGCAGGCAGCUCAUUGAAAGGAGAGCCUGCAACAAUCUAACGGAAAUUUGAUGACUGCCCACUAUUUACUAUGAUAAUUUAUUUCAUUUAUCCUUGAAUACGAACCGUCUAUAGACUGUGCGUGAUGGAGUGAGAGUAAUAGGUAAUAUACUUUAUUACUGUUGUAGGGCAUAGAGUAGCUUGCGAAUUCAAAAAAUUGGCAGUAGGGAUGAGCCGAUCGCUGAAAUUGCUGAUUAGCCGAUUCGAUUAAUCGGUAGCCGAUAAUACGUAAUAAUCGGCCGAUUAAUCGGCCAAAGCCGAUUAUUGCCAUUUACACAUUUACCAGUGGGCAUUAGUUGUCCUGAUGAACCUCAGAUGCUUUUGAGCAUUAAAAUGAAACUUGAGAAGCUAAUGCAGCAAAGCUCUCAGCUACAGUAUCUCUGGCAUUCAUUCAUGUCUCAUUCACACAAGCAAAUUUAUCUGAGUCUUUUCCUUGGUUAACCGACGCUCAUCGGUUAACCAAUGAAAAUAUUGAACUCACCAAAGUGAGACUGGAUGCUCGUGUGACCAGAGCCUCCUCGUCGUGCCCUCACUUCUAUCGGCACACGAGGCUCUGGCACCCAGGGUAAAAUUCACAGUACUCUUUCAAAAAUAUACACUUUUAUUGAUAGCAAUAUUAAUAAACAUUGUGCCACAUACGGUUUUAUAAUUUAUGCAUAUUUUGGCACAUAUUUUAGCCAAUAGGAUUUUCACAUCCUCUCAGAAAUACCAAAUUUCCUUGAGAUUGUCGCAGGCUCAUUAUUCAAUGAACCUGCCACGCAGGCUAAUUGUAAACUUAAACAAAUUUAUUACGCAUUUAUAAUAGGGCAGUUGUAAUUUGUGAACGCUGAUUGGCUAUUUUGAUGUUGCAGGUUUGAGUUUGUUAGAAGUGUGGGAACAGCAAUUGUUCCAAUUACACUGCGCCAAGGACAAGCCCUGGAUAGCAAGGUUUUAAGACAUAUCUCCGGAUCUGGUCCUGUUUAUUUGAGAGCAUUCCAGGAUUUGGAUCAAGAUGAAGAAGUGAGUAUGAAGUUGCAACUUCAUUAACUGGAAGUAAAUUCUUUAAUCCACUAAUGAGUUAAUGAGUAAAAUCAUCUGAUCAUGCUAUAGACAGAGCAAAAUUUCCCUGUCAUUGGAAAGCGUAAAAUACCAAAAAAUGUCAUCUAGGGAUGUUGCCUGCAAAUGGAUUAAUUUUUAUAUUUGCAAAUCGACCAAAUCAUUUGCAAAUGAACCAUUAACCUGUUAGCUUUUGUUACGUAGUAGUCUUCCUUUGAUAAUUAAGUAAAAUUGUCUGUUGUUAGACAGAGUAGAAUAUUAAACUAUAGGUACUUUAUGGUUAAUUAUUAUUCAGUUUUCGUAAACUAGUGUUCUGAUUGGUCGAUUUGUACCACGUGACUUACUUUUACAUAACAACAAUGCACGGCCGUGCAUUAUAGCCGUGCAUGAACUUUUUAUCGCACUGCAAGAUGGCUGCUGAGUGUGAAAAGUUUUUGGAAUUGUCCUCUGAGGAAAUAGAAGCGAUAAUUUCGGAGGCAAUGCCAACAAACACAAAAAGAGCAACGGCAUGGGGAGUUUCGCUAUUUAAAGGUGAGUUUUGGGGGUAUUUUGUGUAGUUUACACGGUUAAAGGUGACAAUAUGAAAUGCUUGUUCUUUUAUGGUUUACUCAAACUGAAUAUUAAAACGUUUAAAGCACUCUUUGUUCGUGCAUUAUCGGGAUUUACAAGCACUCGUUCACGAAAAAGAAACUCGAAAUUUAACACUGCACUCGGCUGCGCCUCGUGCAGUGUUAAAUUUCUUGUUUCUUGUUCGUGAACUCGUGCUUGUAAAUCCCGAUAAUGCACGAACAAAGAGUGCUUUAAACGUUUUAAUAUUCAGUUUGAGUAAACCAUAAAAGAACAAGCAUUUCUUAUUGUCCAAGAGUGCUGUAAUCCUUAAUUGUUAACUGACCGUGACAUUCCAAUGAGAAGUAAACUUGCCUAGUGUUACAUGGAGUUAAAUACCAAUGUAGGGCACAUCUAAGGUCUAACUUUCCAUGGGGGUUGUGAGCUAGACUGCUGCACCUCCCCCAUUUUUUUCCCACCUCCUCCACUAUUUCCACCAAAAUCCAGCUUUGGUCCGCAGAUAAAUUAAGCCUAGUUACCACUCAGGAAAAUUAUCAGUGGAUUGGAAUGGACAAGAAAACUAAUGACUUUAACACAAAGAAAAAUUUUCUUGUCCGUUCCAAUCCACUGAUAAUUUUCCUGAGUGGAAACUAGCCUUUAGUCUAUGAUUAUGACAUUUUUAGUGUGAAACUGUUGAAGAAGAUUACAAUAGACCUCUUCCAGCUGUGCCGAUAAGCGACAUUAGGAGUUUUGUGAUGCCGAUAUGCAAUUCAGAAAGUACAUCAGGUAAGCACCAUAUUAGUAGAAAAUGAUUUUGGGUAAAAUGUGACAAAGGAUGCCCAAGUAUCUUUAAUUUUUAGUAAUUAGUUUAUUCACUGAAAAUUAUGAAAUGUAACUUUUCUACAGGUGUUCCACAUUGCAAUGGUUUUACAACAUAACAGAGAAACAGAGCUAUCUUUUUAACUUGUUUUUGUAGCUUUCCAAAACUUUAGAAUUGCCAAAAUACUGAUUGAUUGUUUGGGUGUGUUUCAAAAGAAUCUUUCAUGCAACUAUCCCAACAUUUCUCUGAAACGUAGGGAACUAUUCUAUGUUUCCUCUUUUAGAGUGUGACUGUGUGUACACUAAUUUUUGUACAAUCUUACUAAAGCUAUUGUACAUAUCCUAAUCUGCCACCCCCAGUUUGUGAAUAUGCAGUACUGUCCGUAUAAUGUUUGUUAAAAGAUUCAACAUUAAUUUUUAGCAACAACAGAUACCAAUACAUGUUCACAAAUUGAAAUGAGGCAGCAGUUAGAGAAAAUGUUUCCAAUGUCCAGACCAGAAGCUAUAACGAAUGCUAUUGAAAAGUCUGUGAAUGUGCAUGAAGCAGUUGACAUCUUACUUGGCAGUACAGUUGAAGAAACAGGUUUGAUUUAUACCACUGGUCACCAAAUCAUGAUGAGUAAACAAAUUAAACGGCAAUUUGGCAAAUAUCAAUACAUACUGUUAUUUUUAAGGCAAGGCAAUGAUAUACCGCUUUUUCAAUUUUAGAUUCUGACGAAUCUUUGCCAGCUUUUACAUUUAUACAGCAAUCGAGAACUCCUUCUAGUACAAGAACAAAUGCCAGCGGAUCAGGUUUGUAACUGUUUACGGUAAUUUUUACGGUGAUUUACCAUGAAAAAUCAAUAUUUUUACCAGCCACUAUAUAGACUCUAUAAUAUUCAUAGUACUUCCAAAAAGGUGUCGAUGGAAAUUCUGGAUAUAUUUUUGAUAAUUUUGAAUCCAUUUGAGAGAGAUACUUAAUAAAUCAGAUAAAUGAGUUUUCUAUUGCAUUGUAUUGCAGAACAUGUUAAUAGUGUUGAUGAUGAUGAAAUUACCGUGUUGGAGAACUAUCCAUUAAAUAUUUCAGCCAUGGAUCCUAACACUGCAUUAACGACCCACAUGAAUAAUGUUUUAAAUUACACCAAUAUCCAGGAGUUACAUGUUAACAGACAUUCUGAAACAAUAGUUAGAGAUCUUUUUAAAAAGCUGAAGCGAAAAGACAUAGAGACAAAGAGUAUUCCUGACGUGACGUUCAUUGGUGAAGAUGGAAUUGAUGCUGAAGGGCUGACUAAAGAAUUGUUUUCCAUUGUGAUGAAUUCGUUGAAAUGUGGAACAGGAGGUUACAUCCUAUUCGAAGGUUCUGAUGAUCAUUUAUUGCCCAUCAUUAACGAAGAAUAUCACCAGAGUGGGUAUUUUAAAUACGUUGGGCAGCUGAUUGGCAUGUCGGUGUUACAUGCUGGGUUUGGAAUGACCGGCAUAUCUAGAGCAUUGUCGUUUUUUAUUGCAACUGACAAUGUCUAUAAAGCAAUCACCUCUCAAUUAGCGAUGUUCCAGACUAUGGGAUCCAAGAGAUUCUCCAUGAGGUUAGGGUUAUGAUGAAAUACAAUGAAAUACAAUACGUGACUUUUAAGGUAUCAUGACCAUUUUAAUUAUUUCUAAAUUUUAUAUUGCUUUUAUAUCUAUAGUUAGAAGGAUUGGACGACCCCGCAAGUUUAACGUCCUUCAGUACGCGUGAUGACAUUUCUAUGUUGCUGUACCAUGCAGGUUUUACAAACGAAGCACUGACACCACAAACAAAGGAAAAGGCUAUCCAGUGUGUGCUGCUUCAUCAGGUAUUCCGUUCGAGGAGAGAACAAAUUGAUGACAUUAAACAAGGACUCCAAGAGGGUCUUCUUUUAAAUCUGCUAUCAAACCCAUCCUGUGUUCGAAUAGUGUUUCCUCUGAGCAGCGAGCAUGUCCUGAAAGCUACCGACAUUUUCCAGUUGAUUCGGUCUGAUAGCGACUUGACAGAAAAGCAAGCACAAGUCCUGGCUUGGUUUAAAGAAUAUGUUCAGAAAAUAGAAAACGGUAUGCAUGUACACUGUAGAUUAUUAUUGUCAAAUAUACAACAUAGCUUUCUUACUUAUGAUCAGGGACGCUGGAGGGGACGCAUGAGAGAUGUGCCCCUCUGUCUCUUAAGUUCUCGCCACUAUUAUUGGUAAGGUUAGCACUAUUUUCCACCCAGCAAACCGACCUGAUGUCAUUUUCAGGCGGUACCUGACGUCAUUUGCGGAAGAUGGAAGAGGUGUUAAAUGGUUAUGUAACUAACCCCUAACCGUAAUCCUAACUAACUUUAUCGUAACUCUAACCUUAACCGAAAUAAUAAAAAAAUCCAAAAUCGAUACUCGAUAGAAAAUUGAUAGGGCGGUUUGCUGGAUGUGGCCCCUCAGCUUUGUUUUCGUGCCAUGGCCCAUAGCCUCGUUUUCGUGUUUAAACUUAUUUCCACAUUUAUUGGUCAAAAUCCAAAAUUCUUUUUAUGCAUGUGUUGAAGAACGAUGUUCUGCUCCUCUGACCAUAGCCCAUGAGAAACAAACUUAAAAUCCAUUUCAUUUAAGGUGGUCCUGAUUUGAAAACAGUGUUAGUCAUGACGUAAUUACCGUAUAGGGCUGAAUUAUGAAGUUUAAGUGAGAGGGAAGGCUAAUUUUUCAUUCUGUACCUUGUUAGAUUUAUUUGAACAUACCAUUGCCCUACCAUUGUUCUAGUGUCCACUCCUUAUAUGUAAUACUUCUUCGAACAGUAAUCAUGAAUUAUUAUCCAAAUCCGGCAUUUGAUUUAAUACCUUAAUUCGCAUGAGUGAAAACAACUUUUAAGGUUGAAACUAGCCCUUUUCCAUUACUCAUUAGGGGGGGGGGGGGGGGGUAGAGUAGAAUUGCCCGUUGGCUGUCGCUGCUGACGUUUUCAAUCAAUCCAAAACCAGUAAAAGACUCAGUUGCUACCAUUGAAUUAUAAAUAACUUAUUUAUAGUUCAAUGUGUGCUACAGCUAGCAACAACCAAAUGGAAACCAGGCUUUGCACAGAAAAGCAAGCCAGAAUUUACACAUAAGUUAACAAUGCAUUCACUCGUUUGGUUAUUUCAAAAGUAACAUUAUGUACAUUUAAAUGGUUUGCAACCCAUACACGCAGAGCAGGCUAUAAACCUCUGCAGAAAUUUUAACAUUUAUCCGCUAUGUUUCAUUGUAGGUGAUAACGAUAAUGAAAUGGAUGGUGGCUUAAGAGGUCUUCCCAAACUUGAACAUCUAUUACAGUUCACCUGUGGCAGUCCUUACAUACCAUCCAAUGGGAAAAAAAUUAAUGUCCAGUUCACAAUGGGAGAUUUGCCUGAUCCAGACGCAUGCUUUGGAAUACUUAAACUUCCACUUAACCAUCUGACAUUAAACGAAUUCAUGAAGAAUAUGAACAUUGCCAUUAACUGUCAGCAUAAAGGAUUUGGGCGAGGAUGAAGAAUCAGAUAUACCUAUAUUGUAUGCACAUUGGGUUGCACUAUAAAUACGACUUUCUUUCAAAACAUUCACUUUUUCAGUUUUGUUGGGUUAAUAACCAUUUGAUGAUAUUUUGUUGGAGC